ACAUUGUGUGGAGGAGGAGCGCUCUGUGUCGGUGCGUUGAGAAUUCGCGUUCAGAAGAACUUCGGGAACGUGUACACGAUCAGGGCUACUCUUCCAGGAUUCAAACUCAUUAUAAACAUAAUGAAUUCCAUUUUUAAUCUCUUACUCACUGCAUGUGUUUUACAUUUGACCUUUUCGACGGUGCAUAAUGGACCUCUACUCCACACCAAACUGGGAGUCCUUAGGGGGGACUACAUGCGUGUUCGCGGAAAGACAACAGUUGUUCAUGCCUACCUGGGCGUGCCUUUUGCCAAACCACCACUGGGAAACCUAAGACUGGCUCCACCACAACCUUUGCCAGGAUGGGAAGGCGUCAGAGAUGCCACCCAGUUCCCUUCCAUGUGUGUACAAGACAUAAAAAUGUCUGAUUACCUGAUGGAGAUGAUGGGCAUGGUCAUGGAAAUACCUGAGGUGUCUGAGGACUGCCUAUAUGUCAAUGUCUACACUCCUGCUCAGCCUGCCAAAGAUACAAAGUUACCUGUGAUGGUGUGGAUACACGGAGGAGGGUUUAGUAUGGGAUCUGCCUCCACUUAUGAUGGAUCUGUCCUGGCAGCGUAUCAGAAUGUGGUUGUAGUUACCAUUCAGUACAGACUGGGCAUGCUGGGAUUUUUCAGCACAGGGGAUGAUAACGCCCCGGGAAACCUGGGCCUUUUGGACCAGGUAGCAGCGCUGCAGUGGGUCCAAGAGAACAUCCACAGCUUUGGGGGAGACCCGUCCUCCGUCACAAUAUUUGGAGAGUCCGCAGGGGGUGUUAGCGUGUCAUUGCUGGUUCUUUCCCCACUAAGCACCGGUCUUUUCCAUCGCGGCAUAGCAGAGAGUGGCACGGCAAGCAUGCUUGGCAUCUUCAACCCUGAUCCUAUGAUCACAGCAAAGAUUGUGGCCAAUGCAACAAAAUGUGAGGGCACCAAACCAGACCAGAUUGUGGAUUGUGUGAUGCAGAUGUCAGUCGAGAACAUUGUAAAGUUUCAACAGGAGCAUCCAGAGGCGCUCUUUAAUGUGGUGAAUGAUGGGUAUUUCUUACCAAAGGCAGUGUCAGAUCUUCUUAAGUCUCAUGAGUUCAACAAGGUGCCAUUAAUUAAUGGCGUUACCAACGAUGAAUGUGGCUGGUUGCUACCUAGUUUUUUGGCACCACCUGACUGGGUUGAUGGGAUGGAUCGUGACUCAAUCAAAACCUUUGUCGACCUCUUCUACCCUCAUCCAGACCGCAAAAUCAGCACUGCCUUGAUUAUGGAUGAGUACCUAGGGAAUGGAGAAGACCGUAUCAAAAACAGAGAUGGCAUUACAGAGUUCUGUGGAGACAUUUUGUUCACCAUUCCUGCUAUCAUAUUAUCAAAUGCUCAUCGAGAUUCAGGAACUCCAGUUUUUGCCUAUGAGUUCCAGCACCCGCCAAGCAUGCUUGUGAAAAAACGUCCUAGCUUUGUCGGAGUAGACCACGGAGAUGAGAUUGCCUUUGUAUUUGGAAGCUGCUUUUUUAAUGGCCCCCUCAAGCUGAAUGGCACUUUUACCGAGGAGGAAGAUGAGCUGUGUAGAAUGAUGAUGGCAUACUGGGGAAACUUUGCACGCACCGGAUCCCCCAACGGGCCCGGUUUAACACACUGGCCAGCAUACGGUGCCGGGGAGGAGUAUCUGGGCAUCGGGCUGAAGCAGCAGGUGGGAUACCACCUGAAGGCUGACCGCUACGCCUUCAUGACCCAGAGACUGCCAGAGAAGAUCCAGCAGAUGAAACAGCACCAGCAGCGCACUGAGCUCUAGAGGGAGCAACUGCUACCCAUCUGCCUCGCACUGAUCCAAUCACACCAAUUUCAGCCUGACCACUUGUCAUGGCAGCGAUCCAAGCACUUGUGGAAAGUAACUACUGUUUCCAUAACAAGCAUCUCUGAACUGAACUCUGACCUCAAUUCAGCUCUCUAGGUCACUUGAUAUGACUUAGAAACACAACUGAGCCCUAGGCUUUGUGAAGCUGUGUGCAAAAGUAGAUCAAUGUAGAAUGAAAAUAUGAGUACUUUAGAACAAUUUUGCAAAAUGCCCUAUGGAAACUCCAAUAUUGUGUUGGGUGUCAAAUAAAAGGUAACACUCUAA